UCUUGCGCGCGCUACCAAAGGCACCAACCGACCGACCGACCGACGGGAAGAACAAGCGAAGCGAUCCAGGGGAGAGGAGCGAGCGAGAAAGAUGGCGCAGGUGUGGGCGGUGUCCCUGGCCGUGGCGUCGCUCGCCAUCGGCAUGCUCGGGGUGCUCGGCGUCUGGCUCUGCUACCUCUUCGACGCCGUGGCGCGGGGCCGUGCGCCCCGGACCCCGCCGCCCACGCCCCAGGCGGCGUCGGAGGAGGAGGAGGACGGCAAGAACGGGCUCUCGGAGUCAGAGCUGAUGCGGCUCGGCGGGGUCGCCGUGCUGGAGCCCGCGGAAGGCGGGGAGGAGGAGGAGGAGGGGGAGGCGCUCUGCCCGAUCUGCCUCGACGCCAUGGCGCCCGGCCGCGCCGUGCGCGUGCUCCCCGGCUGCAACCGCGCCUUCCACCAGGACUGCGUCGACCGGUGGCUCGCCAUCUCGCCGCGCUGCCCUGUCUGCAACGUCUGGGCCGCGCCGCCGCGGUCGCCCGCGUCCUCGCCGCUGGCGCCCAAGACCGGCUGGGAUUCUUGAGGUUGGGGCGGCGCGUCUUCUCUGGCGCCUGGCGCGCGGGUCAGUUCUUGGUUCUUGACGAGUUCUUGGUUGGGUUCUGAUCGUCGAUCAAGAAGCCUUCUCGAUGAACUCCCGUCGGUUUCGCACUUCUGGAGAGCGAUUCUUGAUGAAUUCUUGGCGGCUACUUGAUUUUGUGAAGGAUUCUUGGACGGGAUUGC